CCUUAAAAUAAUUUGACACAAGCGACAUUAAACUUCAAUAUCACGUCAAAUUUAGAUUUUUUUAGAUAAAUCUUAUUCAGUUUCGUUAAAAUAAACCGUUUGAAAUGAAAAUAUUCAUUAAAGUGAUACGAGGUGACGGUUGUAUAAUGGAAGUGCACGAAAAUACGAAAAUCCGCGAGGUUAAGAAACAAAUUGAGACAGACCUAAAAGUUCCAACAGCACAACAAACCCUAAUUUUGUACGGUAAACCACUCCUCGACGAAAAAACGAUCAGUUUUUAUCCAUUAAUAAAAGAUGGGACUAAGUUACAUUUAGUGAUUAAGAAACCGGAGUCUCUUAAUGUGGUUUUGGCGAGGUUCUUUAAAAAUUAUUACACGGAAGAUCAAACGAACGUGAUUAUUGAGGAGUUUAUGAAAGAUUUUCAGGAGAAGGUGCGAAGUUUGAGUCUGGACGAUCUCGAAAGAAUAGCUACAUCUUAUUUAAACGAUGAAGGAGUUUAGUUAAUUAAUUAUAGUUUUUAACAAAUAAUUAAGUUAUUUGUACUCGCUUAAGCGGAAAGAGUUAAUUAAAAGUUUUUCUAUUCUUUUAAGACUUGAAAUGUAUCUAACAACAAUAAUAAUGACAUAAUAAUAAACAGUCAUGUUUUUA